AUGACGGCCGUACACGCGCUCGACGCGUAUUAUCUCGCUUUGACGCUACUUGUGACGGUGGGAUAUCAGCUCUUGGGGUUUGCGAUUGCGUGGACUUUUCAGUUUGACAAGAUUACGGAUUUUACGGGCGGCUCGAAUUUCUUCUUGCUUGCUCUCCUCACUCUCCUCAUCGGCCAAACUUUCGAUGCGCGCCACGUUAUAGUCAGUGUGCUCGUCAUGGUCUGGGCUACUCGACUUGCUGGUUUCUUGCUGUUCAGAGUUCUCAAGAUGGGGAGCGAUACGCGGUUUGACGAUAUAAGGAGUCAUUUCUUCAAGUUUAUGGGCCAGAUCGUCUGGGUCUGGGUCGUCUCCCUACCUGUCACGAUCCUCAACUCGCCCGCCGUCACCGAUGGUGCCGCUCCAGCGUUCGGCACGUCGAAAGAUAUAGCUGGUCUCGUGUUGUGGGCCAUAGGCUGGGUCAUCGAGAGCGUCGCUGAUGCGGAGAAGUUCUACUACAAGUCGACGAAGCCGCCGAAGUAUUUGCCGAAUACGUAUGGAUUGUGGAAGUGGUCCCGCCACCCUCCGUACUUCGGAGAGAUUCUCUGCUGGUGGGGCAUCUGGAUCAUCAGCAUCUCACCCAGUGUCGACGGCGAAGUCUCGUCCCGAGCGCGCGCGGCACAGUACGGCGCCGUCGUCUCGCCGCUCUUCACUAUGCUUCUCCUCAUCUUCGCCUCCGGAAUCCCCACCGCCGAGAAACCGACGGCGAAACGGUUCUUCCUUUUCACUUAUGGUCCUUCUUCCCCCGCAGUACAACAAGCACAACACCAAGAACAGCAACAGGGGCAUUCGGAUAUGUCUGGCGAGGAGGUCGAUGGGUACAGACAGGCGUGGCCGCGCUAUAAACAGUAUGUCAACGAGACGAGUCUGUUGGUUCCGAUGCCGAGGAGGGUUUAUAGGGUUAUGCCGGCGUUGGUGAAGAGAUGGGUGUUGUUGGAUUUUCCGUGGUUUGGGUUUGAUGAGCGGGCGGAGGGGCCGGGGUUGUUGGAGGAGGAGAGGAGGAAGGUCGAGGAGAUGGAAGCAUAA